AAUGCGACAACCGAUGCCAAAAGAGAAGGUAGAACGUGCGGCUCAAACCUGCGUAACAAUUAAUCCUCAAGCACCGCGUGAAGCAGUGCAAACUCUCGCAGGACCUUCGCGUAAAACAAAAGAGCACAAAAUUUCAGGAAAUCCCGUAGACAAAUACACGUUAGUGAAGGAGGUCCUGGAUUAUCUUAUAGAAUGCACACUCUGGACAACCAAUCCUCUUCUUUACAACAUCAAGGUCGAGACGGUAGAUCAAGAAGUGCAAACCGACGUACGUUACGAUGAAACUAGCAACAAAGUGAUAAUAGACACUGACAUCCAAACCGAAUUGACUUGCGAGCCAAGGCUAUCGACCGGCCAGCUUCUCGUCCAGUAUGAAGAAAUAAAGAAUUUUAUACGAAGCAAACUGGAGCAAUGCUUCAUCCAAGCAAUCGAACCUCGGAUCAUAAUUGACGACCUACUCGAUGAGAUAGUCACUAAAGGUGCAGACAUAAUUAAAUAUCCCAUGAAAGAUCAACUAAUCCAAACCGUGGCCAGUUACAAGUCCCACGUGAGACGUGAUGAGGACGUGCUAAGGAGGUUGAGAAUGUCCACUGUCAUCGAUCCUUUCGAAACGUCGAUUGUCGUCGCACCGCUAAUAGACGAUUUGUUGAGUUUGACAUGCGACGUAGUUUCUCGAAAUGCUCAACGUGUCAUUAAGAAUAUCCUUUGCACAUCGAUUAGACGCGCAGUCGUAAUCGGCUUCAAACUCGAAGCAAUUAUGAAGCAGCCACAGCGCCCAACUACUGAGCAAAUAUUUCUCCAAAGAAAGAAGAAAAUCGCCGCUUUGAUGAUGAAGAAACACACAGAGACUGCCGCUACGCAAACGGAACUCGCUGGGGUACCCGAAAUCGCAAAACUCAAGCCCAAGGAUAUCCUGUGCUCGGUUUGCGCCAGGGAAUCGAUAUGCCACCUGUGCCUGACAGCUCAGGAAAAAAAUCUAACGCUGCCGAAAGAAGAUACGAAGAUACUUCGCACUCAGGAUAUACUAUUAGCGUAUAAUCCAUGCUACGUCAUCGCCACGGCUUCAGAGGAGGAGAAGAAUCCACAUCUGCAAUCAAGUAGCGCGAUGAAGAAGAAGAUUGAAAAAUCGACCGUCGCACAAUUACCGAUCUCGCAGUGUACAACAAAACCAAGACCAGAAGAGAUACGCGUCGCUCGCGAUAAUGACGUUGUCAACGUUCUCAUGACUCCGAAGAAAAGGACCCAAGCCCGAGGUGCAAUGAUAUCCAACGAACAUUUAAUCUUUCCAAAUUCCGUCAGCGGAUGGACUCGUGUCAUCGACGACACAUUGAUCAGGUCCUGGUGUCCCAAAGUUAACGCAGUAUUACUUACAGCAGAUUCCGCUAGUAAAGUAACUAACACCUUUACCACAAGCUCCAUAACGAGAUCAUCUUCUAAAUCAACAUCCUGUUGCGAAAAGCCCUCCCAGCCCGAGAGCGUUCUGAGCACGCAAGCGACGAAAGCGUUGCGGAUAUUGAAGAAUGCGUUUUGCACUCGCGACAUUUGCCCCGAUGCAUCCUUAGUGAAGUUGAUGGAACAUCACUUACCCAUUAAAGACGAGAUAAGCAAGAGCAACUUGUCUUGCAAUGUAGAAAAUUGUGCAUUACUGAAUCGACAUCAUGGACAACCUAUUAAUAUUAACAGCCAGAUUCGUGCGAGGCCGCGAGCCGAUAAAUUUAGAAGUGUUCUUACGUCGCCUUCAUCGGAAUCCUGAGAACAGAUAAAAUAACAAAGGUCAGUCGAGUUAAAUCUUGCGUUAAACUUAUUGUCUGUGUAAACGGUGUAUAAAUAUGGACACACACAUGUGUCGUAUCGAAGGUAAUCGUAAAAUUGUUUCGUGUUUUUCAUAAAAUACCAUAAAUCAUAUUUUUCUACGAUUUUUACAAUAACACGCUGUGAAAAAAAGAUAUUAAGAUUCCUGGCUUCUCGUCGCGAAACUCAUGAUUAAUGACAUCAGAAAUGAAAAAAUAUAUGCUAAAAAUUCUUGCAAAAUACGUUAAAAUAAAAAGAUGUAUCUAUAAAAUGACAUUUGCAAUCAAUCAAGUAA